UCUCCGCAACCACCAGCGCCGCCACCAAUAAUGCGAGACGUGCCGUGACGACGGUCGUCUGUCUCUCGUUUAGCAUCCCGUCGCCGUCUUUCACGCCCGCCCACCAUGCUCGUCAGGGACCUCCGGCGGCUGCUCCUCGUGGUAGGGCCGCUUGUGGUCCUCGUGCUGCUGGCCGCGAGUCUCUGGCACCCCCGCACGGAUUAUGUGCGCUCGCGCGUCGGCGCCCUCCUCGGCUCCAAGUCCAACCCGUGGCCUGCCCGGCCGCACCGCAAGCCCACGCUCACCGCCAACGAGACACACUACGAGAUCUACUCGGCUUCUACCGCCGAUGGCAAGUACUUCGACAUUCGCUUCGGCGUCGACGCCUACAACCCCAACAUUAUCCCGCACCAGACGUUCAACAACACUUGGCACGUCGUCGCCCAGCUGUGGAACGAUCCGCAUUCGAACGGCUUCGCCCAGGAAUUCCACGAGGUCGGCUGCCUGGCCCAGUUCGUCAACGACGCCAUGAUGUGCAUCGGUUUCGUGCAGAACGUCUCCAUCGAGCCGACCCCGGGCGGGAAGUGCGAGGGAGACAUCACCUACUUCAGCCUCAACGUUGGGCCCCACGACGCCCGCGUUUUCUACGGCCCGGAUUAUCCGCUCACCAUCUACGGCUCCAACAGCGGCUUCACCUGCUUCGGCAUGUGGAUCCAGGACUUCCGCCACCUGGUCGAGGGGGAGUACAAGCCGACGUCCAACGGCGACUUCGCGGCCGGCACUGAGAUCCACCGGCCAGGCACGAUCCGCCCCGUCGAGAAGAACUACUUCCUGUUCUGGGACAAGGAGAACGUCAUGCACGUCCAUUAUGACAUCUACCCCAAGCGCGGCUUUGCGAAGCUGGAGCCCGAUGGGUCGACCGGCCCGGAGCUGGCGACCGCGUCGGCCGAGCAAGACGAAAAGUGCCUGAACCGCUACCUUCCCAAGAUGCCGCCCGAGCUCGAGUCGAUUCACCAGGCGACCAACUCGCUCAAGAUCACGCUCUGCAACCGCGGCGAGAAGGAUUGCGAGCCCAACGACAGCAACACCUUCAUCCUGACCAUCAUCCAGCACAAGACCUUCUACGACUUCCACGGCGAGUACGAGCCCUACGUCGUGCUCUUCCGCCAGCGCGCCCCCUUUGAGCUCUACGCUAUCUCCAAGAAGCCGCUCUGGUUCCACGGCCGCAAGCGCUACGAAGGCAGGCGCACCGACAUGUUCUACCUCACCUCGGUGAACUGGCGGGACCGCGGCGUCAACUACCACGGCUACCUCGAUGACGUCGUGUUGUUGGGCUUUGGCGUCGAGGAUAAGAACUCUGCUGGCCUCGACGUGGUGGCGGGGGACCUGCUUGUGGAUAUGGGCUUCUGCGACGAGUCGUGAUCGACGAUAGCAACGGUGACCUGGGACCACCCUUCAUCGCGUGUUUUGCGGCCUUUGUCGCCAGGGAUGGGCUCGCCGUGCUACCACCCUUAAUACACCACGAAACCCGCAAGCGGUCGUAACUCGGGCGGUGUCUCAGACAUCUCGCAUCCGAUGACCGCGCCACCCCGCCCCGCAACCGAUCAACACUAAUGUUAUCGCGCCCGCUGAGACACGCAGCGAAUACCCCGCCGCCUCCGACGAUCUUGUCAUCAAGGACGCCCUCGAAUUGCUCGUGGAGAAAAUCCCGGCCCGCGCUAUCUUGAGCCGCGUCUUCACAGAUGCGGCAUACUCGCCGCCCCGCGGACUCCCCCAACCUCGACUUUUGUAUUGUAAAUACUCCCUUGUACACGGCAACCGGCUUGGGAUGCCAGUUUCAUUCUUACCUGUAUAGAGGGCCAUUGGGCACAGCACUUCCCUGCGGGAAGGGGGUCGUCAGUGCUUGGGUCUGGGAUUUGCUGGAAUAUGCUCAAUCAGGGGUCUCAGCAUAAUAGGGUAGUCGUAAUACGAAGGCGAUCAAGAAG